GUUUGAAAAAAUCAAUAAUCCCACUCUCUAACUGCUUUUUGCAAUUAACCGUACAGCUGUUGGCGAUAACAUUGCGGCAUGCGCACUGUGCCACUGCAUUGGCAUUUUGUCAAAUUUAACCUCGAUGUAGUCAUAGAAGUAGAAGAAAAUUGCAAUCAAACAAAGGCAUAUCAAAUUUAGAAAACUAAUUUAGCGAUACGUCUGAGGUCACGGUAAGAAAUGCCUAUCAUGGAGGAUAGCGGCAUAGACAGUGAGGAUAAGCAGUCGAAUAACUACGAAGACUCUACAGUGCCAAUAUUGGAAAAAGCAACAACACCAAUAAACACAAUGACCGAAGACUAUGAUGUGCCCGCAGUUAGCCAUAUGGCAGAUUUGGAGGUUGUCUUCCGUGGCAGCAGUGUGCCGGAAGCCACAACCAAUAAAACGAUUGCACCGAAAACAGUAACGUCAGCAGCGCUUACGGCUGGCGAAAGUGAAGAUGAUUCCACAACGACAAGCAAUCAACCGGCACCGAACACCUGUCGCAUCCUGCAGCGCAAGCUGGAGCUUAAGGUGGAACGGGCGAGACGCAACUUCAGUCAGCAUCAGCAGCAGCAAGAGCAGAUACGAAAAUCUCAAUCAGCGAAUCUCAUACCCAUUAGUCGAUUGCCCAUACCAGGCGAUUCGGAGCAGAAACCACUUGUAGAUUAUAAGUCCGAUAGCAGCGAUGAACCCGAGGAGAUUUCAUUCUUUCCUGCUAAACUGAAAAAUGCUCAGCGACAGCGCAAAACGGAACUUAGCGACACUUUUAGCAUACAAGAGAUGACAAUUGAAUCUGAUUUGGACUCAGACGAUAGCGGUUCGCAAAACCUCGAAUUGUUGCCACCAUUGAGAAAGAUGAACUUUUUGGAGAGUUUGAAAAUCUGUUUCGGUUGUGGGAAUAGAAGAAGCUAACUGCGUUGAGCAAACUAAAAAAUCUUAAACAGAACAAUGCAAUAAUAUUCAAGUUGUAGCCAAAUUGUAUACAAUAAUUUACGACAAAUAUACAUGAAACGUGCAAAAUGACUGAGAAGUACAUAA